GUCCUCGCACCUUCACAAGUUACUCUCUGCACAGUCAAAAGGAGCAAACCCCACGAAGUCGUCACCUAGUUUGCGAAUUGCCGACACGGACUUGCUGAGUCGCUGACCGCGUCGUAGCAGCAUGAGCUGGCUGUGGACGUUCGGGCGCGUACCCGAGCUCGACUCGACGGGCAUUAACGCAGUGAGCCAGCGGAUACAGGCGAUGUCGGAGAAGGAGCGCGUGCAGCCUGACGCCCCCCGCAUCAUCGACGUGCGAACCCGCGGCGAGUACGAGGCUGGCCACAUUGCCGGCGCCGUACACGCCUCCUUCCUGCCGCCCUGGUCCUGGCCCUCCAAUGUGGCCCCAGUGCUGGCGGGCGGCGUGGACAAGGGCACGCCGCUGUUUGUGAUCUGCCUGUCUGCGCACCGCUCCAUUGGCGCGCUCAAGUGGCUGCGCGACCAGGGCUACACCAACGUGCAGCAGCUCAAGGGUGGCAUGCAGGCAUGGCGGGCAGCCAAAAUGCCUGAGGUCACUAAGACCAUGGCGGCAUCCGGUGACGGCAGCAGCACAGCAGCUGGUGCCAGUAGUGCCAGCCGUGACAGCAACAGAAAGCAGGAUGGGGGGGCAGGCGGAGCAGGUGGUGAUGCCAUGUCUGGUGGCUGCUGCCAGGCACAGACACAGCAGGCGGCAGGAGGUUCUUGCGCGGGUGCAGGUGUCAUGAGUGAGGGGCCAGGUCCGACGUCGGCAGCUGGAGGUGGCACAUGCUGCCAGAAGUAGUGCUGUGGUAUUGGAGGUGGGGGCUGCCACUGAGGACCAUACCCAAGCAAACAGGUGCAUUUGUGUCAGGUGAAGGUGUAUCAUAAGCUUUACCAACCAAAGUGCAUGUGGUACACAUAUGGGCAUUUGACAGGUGUUAAUUUGUCUACAGGCCCGGGGCCUGGAGCUUAAAGCCCCUGUUCCCUAAAAUUGGAGUGUGCAUGCUAGAUGUUUAGCAUCUAUCAGGGGACAAGCGGAUUGCUGUAUCAACAGCUUGGUGUCACCACAGAGAAGUGUCUGGCCAAGGGCUUGUGUGCAUGCAACAGAUGGUGUGAUACGUUUGAGUGUGUUUGGGUGUGCAGAUGGCGUGCAACAGGGGCAUCCUUUGCUUGGACUCUCAAAAUGGUAAAUCAGGUCCAAUUGAUGAGCAUGUGUAGUCAAGGACAUGAUGUGUCCAGGUUACCGUACACCAAAUGCAGCCAGACUUUGAGCUGCAACCAACCCAAACCAGCGCCAUGUUAUUGAUCUGUGCAUAAGCAUAAACACAUAGCCACUUGCAAGUUGUUUGACAAUAUUGUCAAUGGUGACAUGCCAUCUCCUGUCCCAGAGCUUGAAUAUCUCAUUUUACGACAAUCUCCAUAUCUGUGUGGCUGUGCAUCACAUAACCACAUUUGCAAGCGCAUCCAACUUGUUGCCACGCCAACACCAACAUGGCACCAGUGACACGUUGUUUGGGAUGGAAUGCCAUGCCAUGUUCACUGCCUCAUGUGCAACCUGAACAUGUCAGAUGUGUCUUGUCAACUUCCCAACUUCAGAACAGUCUGGCCAUGACUUUUGUGCUGCAGCAAACAUCUGCCUCAUCACUGCCAUAGCCAUGUGCUGAGCAGGCCGUCUCUGGAUUGACCCGGAUUGAUGGCAGUGCCUGGAUAGUGCCUGGAGCAAAGGUUGAUCCUGUCCUCCCCAGCCAUCCGGCCUAGGUCCGUGAUGUGAGGAGAUAGGCAACCCGGUCUCAUCGGGGACGUGCACAUACACGCGGCACCGUCCAAGGCCCAAACCGUCCCAAGUGCCUAUUCAUGACAUAUGUAUGUCAUGAAUAGCUGUUAUGGGCCCUGGCGCGGCCUGUCCGCUCGCCAAGCUCGAGACAUGCAGCUGCAUGCCCCGACAUUUUGCGCGAAGAGCUGCUUUUAGCCCCCGUAGAGACUCUCUAGCAUCUACCUGUAGCUAUGUAUAGACACGGCAACGUUGACAUAUUGAGGGAAUGGUUGCUUGAGGGACCUCGGUCGCGGUCGGCCGAUUCUCGCAUUUUGCUCCGGGAUACACUCCAAUGCGGUAUACUGUGUCUAAAUAGCAU